AUGAACGGCGAUUCAUAUGGUGGAGGCCGUGAAUCUGGCCGGUCGCGAGAACACUAUAGCUCGCGACACGAAAGAGACGACCGAAGAGAUCGCGAUCGGGAUAACAGAGACAACCGACGGGACGGUCACAGAGACAGAGAGCGCCGAAGAAGUCGAUCCCCACACGGACACAGAUCACGAAGAGAACACGACGAUUCCUAUUCCUCGAGCAGAAAUUACAGAGAACGCGAACGAGAAGAGCGAUACAGCAGCCGGAGAGACGAUAGAGGAGAUUGGGAUAGAGAUCGUGGUCCACGACGUGGAGGUCGAGACGAUCGCCGCGAUAACCGCAGAGGAGACCGUGAUCUAUUCGACGACCGCCGUGGACCUCGUCGAGGAGGUGGAGGAGGAGGAGCAGACAGGCAGGAUGAUCAAGGUUUAAGGGAAGAUCGUGACGAGUUCGCAGCUCAAGCUCGCGGCGCAAAAGCAAGCAGUCCUCCUCCCAAAAAACGUGAACCAACACCUGAUUUGACUGAUGUUACACCUAUUCUUGAACGAAAGAGACGUUUGACGCAGUGGGACAUCAAACCUCCUGGCUACGAUAACGUGACCGCGGAACAGGCGAAGUUGUCUGGCAUGUUUCCUCUUCCUGGUGCGCCUAGGCAGCAGAUGGACCAGGCCAAACUACAAGCUUUCAUCAAUCAGCCAACGAAUGCCGACAAGUCUGCGCUCAAGCCUGCUACGGCUCGACAGUCGAAGAGGUUAUUCCUGCACAAUAUACCGGCCUCGGCCACGGAGGAGAGCAUGCUGGGUUGGUUCAACUUACACCUGAACGGAUUGAACGUGACACAAAGUAGUGACCCUUGCAUAUCUGUCAACAUGUCGAACGACCACAGUUUUGCUAUCGCAGAAUUCAAGACACCACAAGAUACGACCGUCGCUCUGGCGCUGGACGGUGAGUCCACAGAAGAGCAUGUGCGUGAAGCAAACGGAAAUGCAGAGCACGGCGUCAAAGGCCUGGAGAUAAAGAGACCAAAGGACUAUAUCGUUCCCUCGCCCGAUCCAGAGCAGUACAAUGCUCUCGGAGAUGGAGGAAUAUCGACUGAAGUACCCGACUCGGAGCACAAGAUCUGCAUAAGCAAUAUACCCUCCUUCCUAUCAGACGACCAAGUCAUAGAAUUAGCCAAAUCGUUUGGCGACGUGAAAGCUUUUGUGCUUGUCAAGGAUCGAGGUUCUGAUACUUCAAGGGGCAUUUGUUUCCUCGAAUACGCCGACCCUGAAGCAACAAGCAUCGCCAUUGAAGGUCUCAACGGCAUGGACAUCGGCGACAACAAACUGAAAACAAACUUCGCCUCAAUCGGUGUAAAACAGGCAAUCGGCAUGGAAAUGGGUGCUCAAGCCAUGUCAGCAUUCGCAGGCACACAAGCAGCCGACAGCCAAGAAGGCCGAGUUGUACAACUUCUUAACAUGGUAACAGCAGAAGAACUGAUUGAUAACGACGAAUACGAAGAAAUCUGCGAAGAUGUCCAGGAAGAAUGCUCAAAAUACGGACAAAUCAUCGACAUGAAAAUUCCACGACCAGCCGGAGGAAGUCGCCAGUCCAACGGCGUGGGUAAGAUAUUCUUGAAAUAUGUGGAUGCAGAAGCUGCGAAAAAGGCGUUACAGAGUCUUGCGGGUCGGCAGUUUGCGCAGCGGACGGUUGUGGCUACCUAUUUUGACGAGGCUAGCUUUGAGGUUAAUGCGUGGUAA